AAACAAUGGAUAUAAACAGUUGUGUUCAAAGAAACAGGUCUUGUGUUCAAAUUAAACAAUAAAUAGGUCACAUAUAAAAUAAGAUAAGUUAAUUAAAAAAAUACGUUAUGGCAUGUAUGGGCUACAUUUCGGACUUAAUCAGACUUGAGGAGAUGUUUGAUGUGGCCUGAAAGUUUCCACGUCGCGGAUGUGACGGUGCUGCAUGAGAGAAGAGGAACAUGAACAUCCAUUUGGUAGCGGUGAUGCCUUUCUACUCUGCUCACACUUCCAGCUGGCAGAUAAUAAAACGAUGGGGUUUUCUUCCAAAGCCUGAUUUCUCGGAUUUGAUUUAGAAAAAAGGAAAGAAAAUUUGUAAUUGUGGACUGAAGGUUUCCAGCUGAAGAGCGGUGAAUGUAGCGGUCACAUUCAGAUGCGGUUCUUCUGCAUGCAGCUGAAUAAAGUCUCGUAAUAACUGCUACUUAGUCCCAAGUUUCAGUCUUGAUGAAAGGUUAUAACACCUAUAAGACAAGUCAGAGUUUUUUUUCUUUCUGGUGUGGUUUUACUAAGAGUUUCCAAAAGCUCUAGUUUGGCUAAAUGACUCCAAACACGGAGAAGGCAGGAAAAAAUGUCGUUUUCUUUUCAGCUUUCAGAAAGAAAAGGCUUCGUCUUCAUUCUUCACCAAUGAAACAGAUACACGUUUUACUUAAAAAGGGAAAAAAAGAAACAAUGUGUGUACCUGUAGACCGACACCGCGCAGCUUUCCCACUAUUUUCCCCCCAAUCCUGCUGGAGAGAAAAACCAAGUCCGAGGGGGAAAAAUAAAAGAGGAGAAAGACAAAAAGAAAUGUGUGAAGAAGUCGCAGAAGCGGCGGAGCACUUCUCCAAACCUUCUGCUGCUGCUGGUGGGGUCUUAAGACAGACUGUACGCCCAUUUUCAUCUACGUGUGCAGUUCAGGCAGGGAGGAAAUGGCGACUAGAGAACGGCUUGGCCUGGACAGGAUCAGAGUAUGGGCCAUUAACAGAUCUGCCUGACUGGUCAUUUGCAGACGGCAGACCUGCACCUCCACUGAAAGGACAACUCAGGAGGCAGAAGCAGAGAGAGGACUUUGCAAGGAGAGCAGUGAACCUGAAUGCUGAGGUGGACCAGGGAAUGAGGACAUGGAGGACAAAUAAGGAGGAGCAGGAAAGAGCAAGAGAGCAGAUAAAAUCGUCUAUGCUUAAACCAAAAGGAAAACUCUUAUUAAAGAACAAAAACAAGUAAACAACGAAAA